UCGGUAAUUAUGACAAAACGUAGGGGUAAUUCCGUCAACGCGAAAAUCUCGAAUUUAUGUCGUUGGACUCCCUCUGCUCCGCGGUCACAUGUACAUUUCCCGUGCUGCCGGCCCAAGUUGGGUAUCAAAUAGCGCCGUCCCAUACUACUGUUCUCGCCGGUUACAAAUAUCUCUUUCUACUCUGUCUGACUACUACUCUUUCACUCACUAUACACAUCAAAUUCUCCAUUGUUUACUAGGUUAAAAUCUGCUCGUCUCUGAAGAGGAGAGUUCAAAAUCAUUUCGAUUUGCUCCUUUACCCGAUCACUUCACCGCCCAGUUUUUCUGAAUCUAAUCCCUUUAUGAUGUCUGAGGAAGCUGCUAGAGAUCUCAUUGUUCUACCUGAAGCUGGGAAGAACAACGAGAUCCCCAGUAAUGGGAGUGUUCCAGUGAUGGGGGUUGAGAGCAUUGAUAAAAAUUCAAAAGAUAAGGAAAAAGAAAAGCCUGCCUUACUGGUUGGACCUGGCCUGAAUGGAGACAGUAAGGUGAAUACUGGGGCAGAGGUGGGAAUUUCAGAAGUGGAAUACAUAGAAUCUGAGAAUUUGAAUGAUGUAGAAGAUGUUGACACAAGUCUUAAGACACUGUUGACUGGGCUAGACUCCAAGGACUGGGUUUUAGUGUGUGAGGCACUCAAUGAUGUUCGGCGUCUGUCCCUAUUUCACAAAGAAGCAAUGGUUGAUAUGUUGGGAAAUGUGAUCUCCCUUGUUGUGAAAUCUUUGAAAAAUCCGAGAAGUGCCGUUUGUAAGACUGCUAUUAUGGCAUCAGCUGACAUUUUCAAAGCAUACUGUGACAGCAUUAUUGACUCGAUGGAUCCACUGCUUGUACAACUUCUUCUGAAAUCUUCACAAGACAAGCGAUUUGUAUGCGAGGCAGCUGAGAAAGCUCUUAUAGCUAUGACAACAUGGGUUUCUCCAUCACUGUUGUUACCAAAGUUGCAACCGAAUCUGAAACACAGAAAUCCUCGAAUUCGAGCAAAAGCUUCAAGCUGCUUUUCCCGAAGUGUACCACGUCUGGGAGUAGAGGGAAUCAAAGCAUAUGGAAUUGAGAACUUGAUCCGAAUAGCUGCAUCCCAGCUCAGUGACCAGCUUCCUGAGUCAAGGGAGGCCGCUCGUACACUGUUGUUAGAACUGCAAAAUAUCUACAAAAAAGCACUCAAGGUUAACCCCCCACCAGCAGUGAGUGAAGACCCAGAAACAAUUUCCGUGAGUGAAGACCCAGAAACAAUUUCCUGGGAGCAUUUCUGUCAAUCAAAGCUCUCGCCUUUGAAUGCUCAAGCAGUUCUUCGUGUAACCAAUCUCACUAGGGAGGGUAUUGUUUUAGGCUCAUAGUAUUUGUGCAAGCAACGAGCUAUAGUUCACCUUUGUCCUUCGCCAUUUUUUUGGUUUGGUUUCUUAUACCUGUAUAUACCAUGAAAGGUUUGAGGUGUUUGCGAGGCAAUUAGACCAUAUAUAGAGCUAUAGUUCUCUAGUGUCUUGAAAUAUGGUUUAGAUUACGUUUGCAUUAUACUUAAAAGUCAUUCAUGAAUGCUUGCUUUGCAGUUCAGUAUACAUGUAAUUGUGCUCGUUCAUUGUUUACCAUGGUAUGUUAAUGGUUGAAACGCAAAUUCCAUUA